CGUUCACUUGCCUUGGGCCCAUCCAUCCGCCCUGAGACUGAGAGUGAUAGUGUUCUAGAAAACCUGUCAAAGCCCAGUACUGGGGAUGUUAGGGGUGUACUGCAACUCAGAUUCCUCCUAGCCUCUUGUGGAAGCACCCGAAGCAACACUCUCCAUAUACGUAGUUGACUGACCAGGAUUCACGGAGGGCGUCCAAUAGAGUGAAAUACAUGUCCCAAACAUGGCCAACAAGAAGAAGGUGCUCUUAAUGGGCAAAUCUGGCUCCGGCAAGACCUCCAUGAGGUCCAUCAUCUUCGCCAACUAUAUUGCCCGAGAUACCCGCCGAUUAGGAGCCACCAUCGAUGUGGAACACUCCCAUGUUCGCCUUCUUGGGAGUCUCACCCUCAAUCUGUGGGAUUGCGGAGGUCAAGAGGCUUUCAUGGAGAACUAUUUCGCAUCCCAGCGUGAGAAUAUCUUCAGGAAUGUCGAGGUUAUGAUCUACGUGUUCGAUGUGGAGAGCCGCGAGUUGGAGAAGGACAUGCACUACUACCAAAGCUGCUUGGAUGCCAUCCUCCAGAACUCGCCCAAGGCUAAGAUCUUCUGUCUGAUCCACAAGAUGGAUCUCGUGCAGGAGGAUCGACGGGACUUGGUGUUCUCUGAACGACAGGAAGAGAUCAAACGUCUUUCCGAACCCUUGGAUUGCAAUUGUUUCAGGACCAGCAUUUGGGAUGAGACUCUCUACAAGGCAUGGAGCUCCAUUGUGUACAUGCUCAUCCCGAAUGUGCGGGAUGUGGAGGCGAAUCUGAACGACAUGGCGGAUAUCUUGGGCGCCGAUGAGAUCCUGCUUUUCGAACGGUCCACUUUCUUGGUCAUUGCCCACGCCCAACGAGACGAUCAAAGGGACAUUCAUCGUUUCGAGAAGAUCUCGAACAUCUUCAAGGAGUUUAAGUUGAGUUGCUCUAAGAUCGCAUCGCAGUUUCAGUUCAUGGAGGUCCGGAAUUCCAAGUUUGCGGCCUUCAUCGACGUUUUUACCUCGAAUACCUACAUUUGUCUGGUAAUGAAUAAUUGCGAAAUUCCUACGUCCAUGGUACAGUUCAAUUUGGCUUGCGCCAAAUCCGUGUUUGAAGAGCUGGAAAACACCGGAGAUACUGCAACAUCGGGAGGAGAAGUUCAAGUGAAUCAACCCGGAUCGAAAUCGCAGCGGAUCAUCCGAUGAUGGGACGGAUAAGACGAAGAGUUGGCCUUGGUUUAUUUACACCCAUCGAUGCUGAUUUGCCUUGAAAGAGGACACGAUUCUAUAUCUAUAUUUAAACCGGAAUUACAUACAUCCUUCAUUCAAGGAA